AUGGUCUUUGCUUCCCUAAAAGAAAAGUUGUGGAAAAAGCUUGAAGGGUGGAAAGGUAAGCUUUUGAGUGGGGCUGGUAGGGAGAUUUUGAUUAAGGCAGUGGCUCAAUCUCUACCAACUUACACUAUGAACUGCUUUUUGCUACCUAAAGGCUUCUGUGAUGAAUUAAACAGUGUUGUUGCUAAAUUUUGGUGGAGUGGGGAUAAAGACAAACGGAAGAUUCAUUGGUUGCCUUGGAAGAAGUUGUGCAACUAUAAGUUGGAAGGUGGUUUGAAUUUUCGCAAACUUCAUGCUUUCAAUUUAGCCCUCUUGGCCAAACAGGGAUGGCGGCUAAGUCAACAGCCUAACUCUUUGGUGGCUCGUUUAUUUCGGGCUAAGUACUACCCCGGGUCUGACUUUAUGUUUGCCCCCGAAGAGAAUAACCCUUCCUUUUGUUGGCGUAGCAUGUUCGCUGCCAGACAGGUUUUGGAGAGACGAAGAAGCCUAAACCGAGAUUAG